AUGCUUCGAAGCGUAACGCUUGCCACUUCUUCCAAUUCCAUCAUCUCUAAAUCUUUCUUUUCUCCCUGUCCCGAACUCUCCCUCCCUUUCCCUCCUCUUUCUCUCUCUCCUUUUCCCUCAAACCAAACGUUCCGUAUCACUCCACCGGCCCCCAUGAACAUCCUUAAAAGCUUCGGCUUCGGAGCCAACAGCAAGCCCAACCCAUCAAUGCAAAACUCUGUCAUCGCUCAAGGUCCAGAUGACGAUGUCCCUUUUCCUGGGCAGCAGUUUGCUCAGUUCCGUGCUGGGUGUUUUUGGGACGUUGAAUUGGCGUUCCAGAGGGUUCCGGGUGUGACCAAAACGGAGGUCGGGUAUACCCAAGGGUUCAUGGAUAAUCUGAGUUAUGAGGACGUGUGUUCUGGGACUACCAACCAUAAUGAAGUUGUGAGGCUUCAGUAUGACCCUAAAGAGUGCAGCUUUGACACUUUGCUUGAUGCCUUUCGGGCUCGCCAUGAUCCUACAACUCUCAAUCGUCGGUGGGUUUUCUCACGAUGUGAGAGAUUUUUUGUCUUUAGGGAUUGA